AUGUCCGAAGCUAUUGAUAUGUCCCUGUUAAAGGGAACCUCCGAGGAAAGCCUGGCUGUUUCAGCGGCCCUACUCAAGACAUUGAAGACUCGAGGAGUGGCCAAGCUAAAGAACCACGGUCUGCCAGAGGAGCUCACUUCUCAGCUCUUUGAUUAUACCCGACGAUUCUUUGAUCUUUCAUUGGAAGACAAAAUGACCGCCAAACACCCACCACAAGCGAAUCCCAACCGUGGAUACAGCUUCGUCGGACAGGAAUCAGUCGGGAGCAUAAGCGGCUACGAAAAAGGCAUCGCUCAAACAAAAUCGGUCCGAGAUAUCAAGGAAACUUUGGACAUCGGCUCUGCCCAUGAUGACAUGGUAGACAACAUCUGGAUAGCCGAUGAGAAACUACCCGGAUUCCGUGCUUUUAUGGAAGAUUUCUACACCAGCUGCUUCAAGGUCGAGCUUGAGAUUCUCGACGCCCUAGCCAAAGCCCUCAACAUCUCAGCCCCCGACCUGAGAGCUCUCCACAACAAGGCCGAGAACGAGUUCCGCCUGCUCCACUAUCCAGCGAUUCCCGUCUCUGAACUGGCCGACGGGUCAGCAACCCGAAUCGCAGAGCACACAGACUUUGGCACUAUCACCAUGCUAUUCCAAGAUUCUACAGGAGGACUCCAAGUCGAGGACCAAACAAACCUAGGCACUUUCCACGGCGUCGAGUCGGGCGGCAAGUCGGAGAUUAUCCUUAACAUCGGUGACUCACUGCAACGUCUCACCAAUGAUACAUUCCGAGCUGCAUGCCAUCGCGUGACUUAUCCCUCCACAGUGAAAGUGGGCUCUGAUGAGAUGAUCCCCGAGCGCUACUCUAUCGCUUACUUUGCGAAGCCAAACCGUCUUUCCUCUUUGUUUCCCUUGAAGGAGUUUGUUACACCUGCCACGCCUUGCAAAUACGAGGAUAUCACGGCUUGGGACUACAACAACCUGCGGAUCGCUAAGUUGUUCUCCUGA